CUAUUGGUCAGCUUGCUUUGGUGUCUAACGUGUAACUUGUGUUUGGUUUUUUCUAAUCACACAUAAUUUUCGGUGAUAAUUACUGGUGGUGUGGUGUUUGAUGAUAUGAUUUUGGCUUUGUUACUUCAAUUUUGAACAUUAAUCACAUUUAAUUAAAUUCGUUUUAAUUUUUUUAGUACGCGUGUCUUAACCAAAAAUCGAUAGUGGUUACAGUUACGUUGAUGACUGGUCGACAUAACCUGAAAUAUUAAUUAACUUGUGUCAAUAAUUAUUAAUCUUGUGUCAAAAUUAUAGCAGGAUGUCUAUGAAACAUCAAAAUAAGCGACUGAAGUGGACUUUGGACAAUACCAGAAGUCGCAUUGUAGCAGAAGGCUUGGCAGCACCUCCAGCCUUUAGCCCCUCUGGACCAGCAUUAAGCAGUGAAGUUUCGAAAAAAACGGACGUUAGUCGCUUAAUAACAAAAAAAUCAUGGGAUCUGGCUUUAGCCCCCUUAAAACAAGUACCAAUGAACUUGUUCAUCAUGUAUAUGGCAGGAAAUUCAAUUUCAAUUUUCCCAAUUAUGAUGGUCGGGAUGUUAUUGAUGAGACCAGUUCAAGCCAUAUUUGCCACGAAAAGUACGUUCAAAAUGUUGGAAAAUACUAGUGCUUUUAAACAAAUGUUUGUUUAUAUCUUUGGGAAUUGUAUUAAUAUUGGUUUAGCUCUUUAUAAGUGUCAGAGUAUGGGCUUAUUACCCACACAUUCCAGUGACUGGCUGGCUUUUGUCGAGCCUCCCGUCAGACUUGAAUAUUUGGGUGGUGGUGUAUCACUAUUAUAAUGUAUUAGCAUAAUUUUAUUUAAAUAAAUCACACAGCUACUAAA